AUGAAUUCCACACUCAAGCUUCUCCCAAUAAUCCUCCUCUUAUGCCUCUCACUCUCAAACUCUGCGGCGGCCCGAAUUUUCGACCCGGCACCAAAAUCACAAAUGACGGGCCUUGCGGCUCGUCUCAAUAAGCUGGAAGAGGCCGAGGAGCCGUCAACUUGUUUCGAGUCGUUGUUCCAACUACAGUCAUGCACGUCCGAGAUUGUGCUCUUCUUCCUCAAUGGAGAGACUUACCUCGGGCCGGGCUGCUGCAGGGCUGUAAGGACCAUCCAGAAGGACUGCUGGCCCAAUCUGAUGGGCUCGCUUGGGUACACCACUGAAGAAGGCGAUAUUUUGGCGGGCUACUGUGAUGCCGGUGAAGAUGGGUCAUCAUCGGCUGUGCGCGCCCCUCCUUCUCCACCACUGGCCCACUAA